UUGUUCAACGUGUGCUCAAACCGACUUUUGCCGACUGUUCUACGGUGUAGUUUGAAGUGAAGCUGAGAGUUGCAGUGCUCGAGGUUCUCUUCUGAUUUGCUUCUGAUCGUUUUCGCUUGCUACUGUCUUUUGAAUGUGUGUCGGAGCGGACUCCAACCAGCCAUUGAGCUUGUUUGUCAUAAAGAAAAAUGGCGGUGGCCCUGUCACCCGAUCAGGAGGUGGCGACGAAAGCAUUCCUUGAUGCCCUGAGCGAGUCCGGCGCGGCGUGCGUGUCGCGCGCGGAGGCCAUCAAGUUCCUGCUCGCGCGCAAGUUCGAUGUCGCGCGAGCUCAUGAGCUGUGGAGGCAGUACAACGCCACCAGGCGGCGAGAGGGGCUCAACAAGUUCGAGCCGUUCGGAGAUCCGCUCAAGACCGAGUUGGAGACGGGGAAGUUUACUAUACUGCCAACCCGCGAUGCAACGGGCGCGGCCAUCGCGGUGUUCACGGCCAACAAGCACUUCCCCGCGCAGACCACGCACCAGAUUACUUUACAGGGCGUGGUGUACCAGCUGGACGUGGCGCUGCAGAGCGCGGAGACGCAGCGCGCGGGGCUCGUGUUCAUCUACGACAUGACGGACUCCAAGUACACCAACUUCGACUACGACCUGUCGCAGAAGAUACUCACCAUGCUCAAGGGCGGCUACCCAGCGAAGCUAAAGAAAGUGUUGAUAGUGACGGCGCCGCUGUGGUUCAAGGCGCCGUUCCGCAUCCUGCGGCUGUUCGUGCGCGAGAAGCUGCGCGAGCGCGUGCACACCGUCAGCGCGCCGCAGCUCGGCGCGCACGUGCCUCGCGCCAGCCUGCCGCGCCAGCUCGGCGGGCUGCUGGAGACCGACCACGCCGCCUGGUUGGAGCACUGUAAAAACUGCUACGUGAACACUCUGCAGAACGCAAAACUAGAAGGCGUCAUAGACGAAUAUGUAAUCACCAACCACAUACCGCCCGUCAAGCCGCAAAAUGGUAUAAUCGAGCACGAGCCGCGUGACAUGACCAGCGACCACGCGACGAGGAUCGACGACGAUUCAGCCAUGCAUAUUAGCGACCGCGACACCCCGCCCUAUACUUGCGACCCCAACCCCCUCAGGCACACACACGGCUACAAUGGCGACAUGAAGAGCAGGCAUAUAAACUCCGGCGAUGAGGACGAUUUAGAUAUAAGCUCACGCGGCGCAUGGUCAUCGGGCGAGGCGUCGCCCGGGCUCUCGGACGAGGAGUGCGGCGGCGGCGGCGCGGGCGAGUCGCCGGCGGCGCUGCUGGCGCGCGUGCGCGCGCUCGGCCGCCGCGGCCUGCACGCCGAGUACGAGGAGAUCCGCGCGCGCCCGCCGCCCGGCACCUUCCACCACGCCAAAUUGCCGAGUAACCUAGCCAAGAACCGGUACACCGACGUGCUGUGUUUCGACCACUCGCGCGUGCUUCUCUCGCAGACAGACCCGGACGACCCCACCACAGAUUAUAUCAAUGCCAACUACGUCGACGGGUAUAAACAGAAGAAUGCCUUCAUAUGUACGCAGGGACCUCUUCCCAAAACCUUCGGUGACUUCUGGCGCAUGGUGUGGGAGCAAGGCACGCUCGUGAUCGUUAUGACGACGCGCGCCGUCGAGCGGGGCCGCGUCAAGUGCGGGCAGUACUUCCCUGUGGCCGUGGACACGCGGACAGUGCACGGCGGCUUCGCGGUCACUGCUGAGGCCAUUGAGCAGGAGGAUGACUACACUGUGACGCAUUUAGUGCUCACCGAUUUGAGGACGGAGCAGUCGCGGCGCAUCUGGCACGGGCAGUACACGCGCUGGCCGGACUACGGCGUGCCGGGCGGCGCGGGGGGUGGCGCCGGCAGCGGCCGCGCCGCGCCCGUGCUGCGCUUCCUGCAGCUCGUGCGCCGCGCGCAGGCCAGGGCGCUCGCCGACCUCGGAGACGCGUGGGCGGGACACAGUAGGGGACCGCCCAUUGUCGUUCAUUGUUCUGCUGGUAUUGGUCGCACAGGCACAUUCCUAACGCUGGACAUCUGCGCGAUGCGGCUGGCGACGGAGCGCACGGUGGACGUGCGCGGCACCGUGGAGCGCGUGCGCGCGCAGCGAGCGCACUCCAUACAAAUGCCCGACCAGUACGUCUUCUGCCACCUCGCCGUGCUGGAGUACGCAGUGCAAAACGGCUACUUAGAAUCGGCCGACCUGUCCGGCUUCGACGACGACAACGAGGACGAGUCCGAAUGAAGACUGUCGCACCAUCCCUGCGCCGUGCUGUGAGCGCUCCGCACUACCGCUCGAGUCGCCGCGCCGCGCCAUCGAGUCUCCCGGACUCGAGUCGCGUGAUCGCGGGAUCGAGUCGCACACUCCCGGUCUUGAGUCGCUGAUUCGAGUCGCAUAGUCCUACGUUCGAGACAGUUAGUCGCGCUUUUCAGCGUAAUCGCCAAUGUCGUGUGAAUGCCCUCGACUGCGUUUGACUUCGUUUCGGACGAUCAUUCCGUGUCAAGAGAUCAAGAAGUGGCCUACACUUUUUGUGUACAAUUUGAGGCACAGAAAUUCGUUCCGUACUGCAUCGAGUUUUAAAGUGUGGUGCUACUUCGUCCGUUUUGCAACGUCGCAACAGACUCCGACCGGAUAUGUAGUGGAAUCUUAGCACAAAAGUGAACUGUGUUCAUUAGAAUUACGUGGAAGUGAACUGUUAUGUGCUCUCAAGGAACUGAAACCGGACUACAAACCGUUGUGAUAUCGCCACGUCUUUUGAUGUAAAAUUGAACCCUGCGAACCUCAGAACUAUGUCAAAUUGGCUAUUAGUAAGGAUGUCUUACGAUUAUGAUUUAUAAAGUCAGUGGCGUGGUUCCGAGGUGGUCCAGGGUUUGUUGACUGUACGUACGCCCCAGUUUGGCCAAAUAAUGUUAUACAGGAUGUACGCGAGUUGUUUGCCUGACGAAAGCCCGAGGCAUAAGUCUAAUAGCGAAACGAGACAAAAACAAAAGCCCCUCGCUCUAGUCAAUGGUGAUCAACUCGAGCGCUGCCUUCUAGAAUAAGUUCUAGUGAUUACAAAAAUAUACAUACGAUUGAGAACGUUCCUUUAGCACGAAUAAGAACUGAACUAGAUCAAUAUUGUAUUUGGAAAGGAAACCUCGUGAAUCGAGUAUUUAUUUUGCAUAUUUAAAAAAUCUUUGUAACCAAAAAUAUUUCCAUAAUUAUUUAGGGUUUUUUAUUAUGAUUAUUUAUUUAUAAAUGAUGUAUGGCUGUGUGAAGUUUUUCGUCUGUAAUUUAUGUAUUAGUUAUGUAUGUGUAUGUUUAUUUGUUUGGAUAAAUAUUUAGCGGCGCGGUCGGUGUGGAUGACUCGCCUGUUGUAGCGCGGGACGCUUUCGGCAAACUGAUUAAUUGAUAUAGUAACGUAAUUUAGAGGCCGGUUACAAAUACGGGUAGACCGUUGAUUAAAUAAAUGCUGAACUUGAAUUAUUUAUCUUACUUCCUUCACUUUUUGAUUGCAAAAAUAUAAAUCUAAUGCCAACAGCAUGAUUGUCCACUUAUAAUGAGUCAAUAUCAGUACUUUAAAUCAGUUGUUUUGUGUCAAGCGGUGUGCCGUCUACCGUGAGAAUCCAUACAUUGCAACGCGUGCACGCAUCUGGUGUGCACAGGUCCUAACAAAGUGUUCCGGCCGCGCCCCACGCUACGCAGUCCAGAGGCCGCGCCGCCGUCCGUGCGCGACGCACACACACACACACGCAACACCAGCGAGUUAUCAAACGUUUGAUACGAUUUUUAUACGCCGAGGUGCUGGUAGACUAAAUCAUUCAUCUCUCGACAAGCCGCAUUGUCUCCACGACGCACGAACUGGCAGCUCAUGCCUCCAUCCUAGACGCACUGUACUAUGCAUCAUCAGUAAUGUACCUUAAUAAUUAUAUAGAUAGACUGAAUAUAUCUGAUAUGUUCCAGAAUUAUAGACACCCGGGCUAGACGCACUGCAUCUUUAUGUAGAUCGAAUAUCGGUUUUGUUCGCAAACAGUAUAUAAAAUUGCAUUUAGUAUCAAUCGAAGUAAAAAGUAUUUAUUUUUCCAAUGGAAAGCUGCAACAUAUCUUUAAAGAGUCGUAUGGUUCCUUUACAACGCGUACAAUUAAAAGCAACUACGUUACGUACGUUAAAAUAAUUGUUUGCCAUAUAACUAGAGUUCAAGAUUGUGCAACCAUUCUGAUUGCCUUCGAGUGAUAAUCAAAUGUAUACUGUAACAAAAAUAUGAAUAAGUAAUAAUUCUCUUAGCCAAUGCUUUUUGAGUAAACGCGUUGUAUGGGCAUCGUACUUAUAUUUUAAAUCGCCGUCCUCUCACGUAACUUACAUAUCGCAGUAGACGUCUUCAUUCACAUUGUGGCAACGAAAACGUUUCAGUCCAACUAACUUAAUAUGCUAACCCCCUUGUUCAUUAAACGUAUUCUAAAGUUAUCAAGCCGAUAAAGUUCGUUCGUCCUUUUCCAUCACACCGAUACGUCGGAAAGGGACAAACGAACUUUAUCGGCUUGAUAACUUUAGAGUACGUUUAUGAAUAAGGGGGUAUGAAAUCAUUCCUUCAUUCAGCUCAGUUGACUCAUCAGAAAUUGUAGCUAUAAGGACAGCUUUAUAUUGCGUGUAAAUCUGCUUUUAAAAUACCAAUCCAUGUGCCAUUGUCCACACUGUGUACAUCUGUAUAAUAUGAUGCAAGUUCUAAAGGUUAGUUAACCUUUUCGACGCCGUGUCAAAUAAACGUUGUCUCAGGCACCACAUUACCGAGGUGUCAACACUGAACUUUACACAUAUGAGCGUAAAUCUAUGCUGCUCUGUAGUAUGCGACCAAUUAAUGGGUCUUUGGCGUUGGCCUGCGGUGUAAAUAUAUGUCGAUGGCGUGGAAAGGGUUAAGGAUAAAAUAAAAUAAUAAGUGAAAAGCACACAAGUUAGUUGGACUCAAUCGCCUCAGUCCUUCAUCAUGUCUAGACAUAGACAAUUCGCCAUUAUUUUUUAAUAAUUAUGUCAUUCACUGUAAACUUCCUUAUGAAAUGUAUGGAGCAUUAUGAACUUCCAUGUCUUAUAGUAAUUAAUAAACUCUUAUUAUACUUGUUACUCUGGAGCCACUGUUGAUUCUUGUAUUUGUAAAUAUUUUAUUUUCUGUUUUUAUUCUAAAUUAAAAACCCUUGUGAAAUACGUGUGAAAUAAAAAAAAAACUUGUAAUAUAUUGAA